GUUUUCCUUCGGCGGCUCUACCAGCCUCGUCUCCGAGGCCGCCCUGGGUCUGGCGGGCCGCGGGCGGAGAAGCCUACUAACCCAGACAUACCUAUUUGACUGGCAAGGUGUGGAUUAUGGAAGAACAACUGAUAAACAACUGCAUCCUUGAUCAAUUUAUUAACAGCCAUGAGCAGUCAUACGAAGAGUUUCUUAGCACAUUCACUUACCUUUUGAAAGAAGAAGAGAUGAAGAUGAUUCAAGGAUGUAAAAAAUCCUUAAGAAAAUCAUUUUCUGAUUCUGACAUCUCAUAUGGAAAUAAACAGGAUGGUUUCCCUGAAAGAAGCAAGGAAAAGCUCAUGUCUGUCCUACCACAGACUCCAAACGAGAAUAAGAUGGUUAUAAAUGAGAGCUGGAAAUCUGGUGACUCUGAUGGAAAUGGCCUCUGUCUAUCUGAAAGAGCUCAGGUGGACCAUUACUUAGAAACAUACAUAGAUGGAGAGCCAUGCAAUGCAGGGUCAUUUGUUCUUCCAGGAGAGGUGGAAGAGAUAGGGACUUGCUCUCCACUUCCUUUAGAAAAGUCUUUUCAGCAGAAGCUCAAAAUCUCCUCAGUUCAAGAGCCACUGGACAACAAAGCAGAAGAGCUACUGGGAGAUGAUGUUCAACCAUUCUUACUUGAUGAAGAAUUUGAUUAUGACAAUGUGGCACUGACCUCUAAGUUCUCUGAAGCUGAGCUGAUGCCCAUGUAAGAAUUGUCUGAAGAGGAGAGAAGUAAAGUCCAGCAGGAGCUGAAGACUGAAUCAGAUGCACUCUGAAUGGCAUUUUGUGCAAUGCUGAUGAAAUAGCAUUCUGGAGAAUAAAUCUUACUUCUUGUACCCUUACUAAAUGCUUUUUGUCUGCGUGGACAGUAAAUGACAUCCUCAGGAUUUUCUUUGUUCCAUCAAGGUGCCUUGGAGCCUGAGGUUGGCUUUCUCUACACCUCCUAGUCUUAGUCUGAAUGAAAACACAGAAUAGGAAUGUAGUGCUUGCUCAAAGCCACUUGUAUAGUAGCCCUUCAGCAGUGAGGAAUGUUUACCAUCUUUUUAUAUUUUGUGCAUUGAUUUGCUUAGGUAUUCAGGUUGACUAAGAAGGUCUCUGUCAGUCCCUAAAUCCAAAGGGAGUUUUGCAUAGAUCAGUGGCCUCACUGUUGCUCAGCUUCUUUGUUGUUUUUGAUGUGGUACGAAGCAGCUGGAAGAUGUCUCAAACGAGAGCUGUGAAUUCCCAUUUGUUAAAUAAAAAAAUAAUAAAGUAAAAUCCCUGACUGCAGUAAAGCCCACAUAGCCUUUAGGCAUGCUGGAAUAAUUGCUCCAUGAAACAUAAACAAGCUGGUGUGAUUCAGAAUAGCAGGCAUGGCUACUCUCGCUUAUAUUUGGUACUGACUAGCCUAAAGCUAGUCCUAAAGCUGUCUUUGCUUAUUUCUUUCUGUAAUGUAGAGCUGAAGGAACUUUUUGCAGCUGACAUGUUGGUCUAUAAACUCUUUCUCUGUCACUGCAAGAUUUUAAGAUGUGGAGUUAUACCAGUGAAUAAAUUUGGGGGUAUAUUUUUCUUUCUUCUGAGUUGCUUUAGUUCUUCUGAGACAUAAAUAUGCCAGGUUACCGUAAACUCUUUUGAGAGAGUUGAUCAAAAUUGCUGUUGUGUAACUACUGACAGUUAAACUUCUAGUGCUACAAAAAUCCACCCAGACAGAAAGAAACAUAGUGAUUUAAUCCAUUAAAGAAAUUGGCGUUGAGAGGCUGUCAGAUUUAACUUUUUUUUUGUUUCUGAGAUGAUUUUGGGUACCAGCUUAUGGUUUAUACUCGGCAUCACUGAAAUUCAGCAAGCUCUGGAGAUUGAUAGAAUACAAGACUGUUUUGCUCCUUUGUCAGAAAUUUCUAAGGACAAAGAAUGGGAUGAAUGAGAAAUAAAUUCUGGAAGAAGUCCAAGAGUAAAUCCAGGAGGAGGAAAUAGAAAGCUGCUCUACAAAAUUAGCAAGGUCAGCCUUUGAGGGCAUCAACAGAGAAUCAGGGAAUGCCACUUCCUUAGCAUAGUUGCUUAUUGUAAAUAAAGUAAAUACAGUAAAGAAUCUUUAGUUUAAGAAAGCUCUGUACAGUUUGUCAUUUUGAAAAUGAAUCAACCUUAAAGAUGGGCUUUCGUGAGUUCACAAAAUGACUGAUGAUGAAUUUGGCACUCUUUACAUAUAUAUUUCUAGAAAGGUAUGAAGUACAAAUCUAUAGAUAAGUUGUGUUGGAGUCCUAUUGUCACUAUAGUCAGUGAUGACUUAUCCUGGAGUUCAUAAUGAUCUUCAGGCCAAAUCAGCUCUGGAAACUAAGUGCAUUUCCUAUUCAUUUCAUUAACAAUCUUUUUCUGUACAUGAGGGAGACAUUCAGCCAUUCAGUUCCUCCUCUUGCAGGCAGAUGAUUCUCUUACCAAAUGUUCAGAGUGCCUAUUAAGCUCAAUAAGUGUCAUUCAGUAUACUCAUUAUAUGGUUCCAUUAGAUAUAAAGAAACACUUUGCUGCAGAAUCCCCAACAAAAUGGGAACUCUGGUAACAUUCAUCCUAAGCAGAGAAAUUAGGAUAAUUUACUUAAAUUUACAUUACUUUUUGCUCUUUUUUGCUCUUUGUUAGCAGAGACAGAUAUGGUAAUCUCCACCACAGUGGAGAUUAGCCAAUGUAGGCUACCUUUUCCAAGUGUGACAUAUUGGCUUUAUUGGAUAUACUGAUGGUUGUUUUUGGCUUGUAACUUUUAACUGACUAUCCUUCACAGAGAAGGCCUAUUUUCCUUUUCUCCAUUACCAAAUCAUCAUUUUAAAAAAUGUACUUGAUUUACAUUUUAGAUUUUAUACAUAUACAUGGAGUUAGUUACCUGGAUUUGUAUCUAUAUUUCUGUGGUGUUUUGUAAUCCGAAUAAUAUGUAUUUUUCCUCUUUAUUAUUUUAGGUAUUCAGCAUGGUAAGGUACACCCUCCUCUCCUGUUUAUGGUUUUUCUAAACACUUUUCCAAUUUUUGAAAAGCAUUAAGGGUAAAAACUCACAAUAGAAAAGUAAAGUGUGUGCUUCCUGGAGUCAGCUUUGUGAUGAUUGCAGUGGGGAGUGGGUCUGGCUUUCUAACUCAGUGAAAGAAGUGUAAAAUCUCUGAUGUUGGGUGAAUUCACAGGAAAUAAAGGCUGUGUGAUGGAA